AAAGGAAUAAAGUUGAUUUAGUUUAGUUUAGUUUGCAAAUGAAAAUAAAUGCAACAAAGUCCAAGGACUUUCGCUUGUUUUUGUGUUAUUUGAAAGUUAUAUCACUUUUGCGAUGUUUUAUCGAUAAUUCAAAACUUAUUUGCAUUUAUUGAACAGUUAUUUGAUCUAACUUGACCUAAUUCUAUCUUGUACCUUCAUAUUUACUUCAUAAUUAUUAAACUGGUUUCAAAUUCGCCUUUUAGUAUCAUUUUAUUAAGAAAAAGAGAAUAAUUAUAGUGCUAAAAGGUUGAAAUAUUGCAUAUUUUUAUUUCCUAAAACGAAAUGGCUACUACCUUAAAAGCUCUGGCACAAAAACUAAGAAGUUGACAAUGGAUGAUGAAUAUGUACAAUUCGCUCCAAGAGUGACCACAUACAGUAAUGUAAAUAAGAGAAAUUUGGUUAAGAAAAGUCCAAAGAAAUUGACAUUUACAGGCAACUUUACACCAUGUCAUAGGCAUUUCUAUAUAACAGAAGCGGAGAAACGGAACAGUUUACGUCUUGACAUCUUGAAUGCUGUGAUGAAAAGAACCGAAUCCAAGAUGCAGAAAGAUAUAGAAUUUAAUGAUAAUCCACUAUAUGAAGAUCCGAGAGAUGUGAUUGAUGGACCAGUUAAACCUCUAAGGAAACGCAACAUACAUGGAAAUGUGGCUAAUACCAGUAAAGAAGGAAAACAUUUAAUUAAAGAACAGAAGAAGAAAUUGAACAAGAAAUAUGAAAGACUUAUCACCGCUCUUAUGGACAGAUGUGAAGAAAAUAUUGUUUCAAUAUCUGAAAAGGAUGCACAUAUAGCAAAACUGAAAGAAAAAUUGAAAACAAUUUUAGAAUACAACAAACUGUUUGCCAGUGAAAAUGACAGACUGAAAUGUGAACAUUCAACAUUAAUAAAAUAUGCAGAAGAAUGUAAAACUGUUAUCAAAGAAGAGAGGGAGAAGAAUGCAGACUUAGAAGACAAAUGUAAGAGUUUACAGGAAAGAGUGAGACAGUAUGAUAUACCUGAUAAAGACCAAUCAGAGCCGACCACAGCAAUACCAUUAGUUGAAGUCUGCAUGAACUGCUCCAGCAGACAGAUUGUAUUGAACCAGGCGAAAGAACUCAACUCCAGGCUGCAGAAAGACAUGCAAGCGCUCAAAGAUGUUCUGUACAGACUCAACGUACAGUUAGCCCGUUAUCAAGAGAAGUUACGAAGCAAUGUACCAACAUUACAGACAGACAAAAGUACAGACAAAUAUGACUGUAUAGAUUCCCUCAUCAACGCCAGUUUAGGACAGAGACGUGAAUCAACAACAGAAGAAACAGCAAAAAAGGACCAUGAAGGAAAUCAAGCAAGAAUGGUGGAUCUAUCUGGGUUACUCAGCGCACAAGCUUUAGCACCAUUAUUUGAUUCAUAUCAAGAGAAUCUACAAGAGAAAGAUAAUUUAAUCAACGAUUAUGAGAAACAAUUCGAAAAUAUGAACAAGAAAUCCAAAGAAAUUGUAAAUGACAACAAAUCGUUAAGCGAUAAAGUGACAGCGUUAGAGAACGAACUGUCGCAAGUGAGACAGAGCUAUAAGAAACUGGUAGUAGAGAGGGAGACGGCAGAUAUCGAAAAGGCGACUUUACUCGAGAGAGCCGAACGAGCUGAAUCCAAAUUGAAAGAAGUAUAUGAAUUGUAUGAAGAUAAAAUGGCAGCAAUGAUACGUGAUUACGAGACGGUACAUCGCGAAUACUUUGCGGUAAAAAACGCACUGGAAGCGUCUGCGGGUAAAAUAACGCAAUUAGACGCGAUGCGCGCGCGCACCGUGCCCGCCGACCUGCACGAGCGCAGGCUGGAUCACUGCAAACGUUUACUAGAAGAGCUCAAACACCAAUACUCAAUGGAGAAUGAACGGAAGACCGAGCAGGUGAAGAAGUUGCAAGAAGAUAUUCACAGCACAGAAGAGAAGUACAAUAAGGUGUGUCAGGAGCAUGAAGCAAUUAAGGAGGAACUGAGAACAGCUUUGAAGAAUGUCAGAUGUUCAUGGACGUCGGAUCAUUUAUUAAGCGAUCCGCUGCUCGUUUGCCCGAUUUUCCUACCAUCAUCUUCAUCAACUCGCCCUUAUCCCUUACUGAGGGUCGGUGCACACGCGCUGCUCGCACUCGAUACUAUAAAAACUGAGAUAAAAGCAGUGAAAUCCCGCGCUUACACGUCUCUAGAGGAACUAGAGCGUCGUAUAGUGCAGCAGGAGCGGCGCGCGGCCGCCGCGCAGGCGGAGCACCGCCGCGAGCUGGAGCGUGCGGCGGCCGCUCUGGAGCACAAGGAGGGCAUCAUACGCAGCCUUAUUGAUAAAGUAGCCGAUGUUGAAGAAGUCAGGUUAAGUCAAACCAAUGCUCAUCGUCUGCAAGGAAUAGUUUCCAACUCAUCUUCCGAUAGUUCUUCCGUUAAAGAAAAAGAUAAAAAAGAUAUGAAAAACGUAAAAUUAGUUCCCAGUUCCGGAGGAUAUUAUCAAGAUAAAGAAAAAAGAAAAGGUAACAAAUGAAUAUUACUUUUCCUUAGGGCCUGUCCCACAACUGGCUGAUAGAGGCUCAGAUAGCUUAAAAAUGUCACUGUCAGAUAAGGUAACAAAAUCCGGUAUUCCCAUCACAUAUUUUGCACGUAGGAUUGUUAUUGGAUUAUACCCAACCGUCACCCCGCUCUGUCCCCACGUGGGAACAGAUGAGAAUAAAAAGUUUCAUCCGUCUCAUCUUUUGCGACGAGGGGACAGUUGGAACUUAUUUUACGUCGUAACCGUUCCAUCUGUCGUCUUAUUGGUGAUAGUGGGACUAGUGGACGCAUGAAACUUUUUAUUCUGAAAUGGGGACAGAGCAGGUUAAUAAAAUACGGUUGGGAAUAAUCCUUGUUAUCAGACAAUUUACAAUUUGAUGGGAUAAGGCUUAAAUCUAAAACUAUGAAGUGGAAAAUUCCUUUUGCAUUUGUUAGUCCAAAUAUUCUAGAAGGUAUAAGUAUCUUAGGUAUAUUAUAAAAGCGAUUGUUUAGAUAGAUGUUUGUCAGAGUUUGUAGCCUAAACUGCUAAACGGAUCUGGAUGUAAUUUGGCAUAGAUGUAGAGAUAGCAAGAUACUUAAAUGCGUUUCAUAUAAGUUUGUGGACGAACUCUAUUCUGGAGUAAAGACGGAAAUACACAUGCCAGUAAUAGAAAAGUUACUGGCUAGCUACUGACGCUAUUCAUAUAUGCACAUCUGUAAUAUAAUACACGAGAUUAUAUUACAGAUGUGAGUUUUGUAUUCUCCUCAUUCCCUUCCUUGCCCCCUUACUAAUAUGAAAGCUGUCACAAAAUCAAAUAUCGCGUUACAUACAUGCCAGUUAGGUAUAUGUGCCGUCACAGCGGCUACCAGUCUCGCGUCAUUUAAAAA